GCGCAGUGUGCUGCAAGUGUGUGCGCGAGUAGCAGCCGGGCGUCGUGGUUUCGGUUGGCUGGGAGGAAGAGGAAUAACGAAUGUGGGAGCCAAGAAGAAUUCCUCGUUGGCGAUCGGCGCUGGGGCGAAAAGCGACAAUAUCCACAGGAUUUCUCAAACGUUUUACGGACUACACAUGUCUCCUUAGGGGAAUUUAGGGAAGUUUCCCCUCUCACGCGUUCCCGGGUCGGAUAAGAUUCUUGGCCAGAGACAGAAAUCCAACACAAAAAAAAGAAGAAGAGGGGGAAGAGGAACCGCUCAAGCCGCCUAGUAAAAACCACAACACCUGUGAUCAAGGAAAUCACACUGAUUUCUGACAGCUUGGUGAUGCCCACAAAAGGAACUGGAUGACCUGGAGCUCAUGGCCUCCUGUGAACUGGGACUUUACAUAAUUUCUCAGGUCUAUAAUUUGAGAGACUGUUGAGCUUUUGAAGCAUUGCGAGAGGCCUUUUCUACUGAAGAUAUGAAUGUGGGAGGCGGAAGCAGUGUGGAACUUGUCGAUGUCUCCUCACUAAUACUGAACACGAGCAGUCUUGAACCAGGAUGUGUUCUCCCUUACAACCCCUGCCCUCAUUGUCGGCCCUGAGACUAAAGUGGCAUUCCUAAACAUGUACAGAGACACAGGGGUGUGUGCCACCCCUAUCUCUCAACCCAUUCCUCCACCCCACCUUCGUCUACCCCUGCAUAAUGGGCACUCCUCUAUGGGGGAUCCAGCCCCACCCCGCAUCUCUGUGCCCAAAAUGGGGGUUCGAGCUCGGAUUGCUGAGUGGCCUCCUCGCAGGGCACUGUCACGUGAAUCGCUGCUUGAAAAUGGCCAGGAUAGCCAUCCGGAUGACCUCAAUAGUGAUGACGGGCUUACGCAUGGAGGUGUGACCAGGCUACCACCCCAAGUUACCAGAGAUGCUGAUUUCGUUGAAUCAGGUUUACAGAGAACUCCAGACACACCACCAAGGUUUCGGACUUCUAGUUUUGCUCCUCUUCGACAGCGAUCCAGCAGUGAAAUUACAUUGAGUGAGCAAGAUGAAACAGAGGUGGAUAGUCGUUUGUUUCGUGAAUAUGGAAGUACCUCCUCCAUCAAUGUACAAGCAGUGUCUGAGCAAAGCUUCUUUGACAUGCUCAGCCAGUUUCAACAAGAGCGACCAGAUCAGCGUAGCACAGCUCCUGACAAGCUUGAAGAGCUGCUUGGAGCAUCUAUAGAAGGAAACCAUUCACACAACUUUUUGUCGACUCCACGUCUUGACGAUCGACCUGAGAGUCGCGUACGUAAAAAGAGUGGGGGAACUGAAUCAUCUCUUGGCACCUCGUCCUUAUUCCGUAAACUCCGUAGCUCCAGCCGGGGUGAAACAGAGACUCCACGAGGUGACAUGGAUGAUGCAAGACCCCCUGAGACACUGUCUUCCAAACCAUGGCUGUGUGUGCGGAGUUUUGCCCACUAUGAUGCUCAGAGCAUUCUUUUUGACUUGCACGAGGCAGCAGCUCGUCGCAGCUAUGCUGCCCAGCGGCGGAACACAGCCACUGGAGCUUCAGCCGCUUCUUCAGCUGGUGUUUCAUUGGCAGUUUCCAGAGCUAUUGCUCUGGGAGGUGUAGAGCCUAGCUUUUCCAGCACUGAUGACCUCAGUGUCAAGGACCUUUUAGAAGGAUCAACCCCAGGGCUAGAACUUUUAGAGCAAGGUAGUUCAGCUAGCCUCAACCCCAACUCUCAGCACCAGCUUUUGCUGAGCUGCCCACACUUCCUAAAUGAGACCGGAAGCUACGGAGAACGUAACGUCAGCUUUUUGAGCUCAUGGGCAGAAAGAGGAGAGGCUUGUGCAGUGGAAGCCCGGCUGCGUCCACGCUGCAGUAAUGCCAGUGUAUCCAUACUGGAUGUGUCUCCGGAAGAUCAAAACAGCAGGUUAGAGAGACUGCAGCAGCACUGCAUCGAGCACGUUGACCUGGGGGCCAGAAACUACCAUGAGCACUUCUAUGGGAAAGAGCACUGGAACUACUUUGGUACUGACGAGAAGCUGGGGCCCGUGGCUCUGAGCAUCCGCAGAGAGAAACUGGACGAUACCAAAGAUUUAAAGGACCAGUACCAGUACCGUAUCAUCUUUCGCACUAGCGAGAUGGUCACGAUGCGGGGAGCGAUCCUGGAGGACGCGGUUCUGUCCACGGCCAAGCACGGAACGGUUCGAGGUCUGCCUUUAAAGGAGGUUCUGGAGUACGUGCUGCCAGAGCUGAGCAUAUCCUGCCUCCGAUUGGCUCUCAGCACACCAAAGGUCACGGAGCAACUGCUUAAGCUGGAUGAGCAGGGGCUCAGUCAGAAACACAAAGUUGGGAUCCUGUUGUGUCGAGCGGGGCAGAGCACGGAGGAGGAGAUGUACAACAAUGAAGAGGCAACGCCGUCCUUCACCGCCUUCCUCGAGCUGCUGGGAGAAACUGUGUGUCUGAGGGGUUUCAACAAAUAUGCUGCCCAGCUAGACACCAAAACGGACUCAACUGGAACACACUCCCUGUACACCACCUAUCAGGACUAUGAGAUCAUGUUUCACGUGUCCACCAUGCUUCCAUACAUGCCCAAUAAUCCUCAACAGCUCCUGAGGAAGAGGCACAUAGGAAAUGAUAUAGUCACAAUAAUAUUCCAGGAGCCGGGAGCCCUUCCAUUCACCCCACAGAAUAUCCGCUCUCACUUCCAGCACGUGUUUGUCAUUGUCCGUGUGCACAACCCUUGCUCUGACAACACCUGCUACAGUGUGGCAGUGACCCGCAUGAAGGACGUCCCUCCGUUUGGUCCGCCACUACCUUCAAAUGGCAUGAUGUUUCGUGACCCUGCUGCCUUCCGCUCUUUUCUUCUGGCCAAGAUCAUUAAUGCUGAAAAUGCGGCUCACAAAUCAGAGAAGUUCCACACUAUGGCAACCCGAACGCGCCAGGGAUACCUGCGGGACCUGGCGGAAAACUGUGUUUCCACUACGCCGUUAGACACUGCUGGCAAACUGAACAAUCUCAUCUCUCUGGCCUCCAAACGCAAGGAACGGGUUCGAGCUCGAGAAGGAGCAGAAAUGGGUGCCACCGGAGCCCUUGUUUGGCGCGUACUUGCGCAGGACUUUAGCGGGGGAGGUGCCGAGCUUCCCUGUGCUCUAGCCAUCUCCAACGAGUAUGUUGUGCUGGCGGACUGCUCCACCAAAGAGGUGGUGUUUAACUGUUUCUGCUCUGACGUGAUUGGCUGGACGGCAGAAAGACUUGCACUGAAGAUUUUCUACGGCAGAGGAGACCAUGUGGCCUUACGGGUACCUGAGGGCAGUGCGCAAGAUAUCAGAGAGGUGCUGCAGAGACUUAAGGCGUUGACUGUAGGUUGUGAGACAGUUGACAUGACGUUGCGACGUAAUGGAUUAGGUCAGCUUGGUUUCCAUGUGCGUUUGGACGGAACGGUGUCCGAAGUGGAGGAAUAUGGUUUCGCUUGGCAGGCAGGACUUCGACAGGGAAGCCGAUUGGUUGAAAUCUGCAAGGUUGCUGCAGUGACGCUCUCCCAUGAGCAGAUGAUCGACCUACUGAGGACAUCGGUCACUGUAAAAGUGGUCAUUAUCCCACCUUUCGAAGAAGGAGGAGCUCGCAGGGGCUGUACGGAGGAGUACGAGAUGAAGAUGAUGGAGCAGAAGGGAGAAGCGGAGCCAGUGGCCGCAGGCUAUCGAGCAGGGCAGCGAACCCCAGUAUGGCGCUGGGACAGUCCUCCUGCUACUCACAGCUCUGCCCAGCGCUGGACCCCCAGCGGACCCCCACCAGUCCCCAGCCGCACACACAAAGCUCUGGUUCCCGUUCCAUACAGAGAGCCGCAACACAUCUCUGCUAAACGGCCUGUCAGUUAUCCAGAAAACCAUUACAGCGUGUCUCCUCUUGCUGGGGACAGAGGGCCGUACAGAAACCCUUCGGCUAGUUUCUCCAGUUCAGGCUCUGGCUUCAGCUCCACUGCGUUGGUGGUGCCAGGACUCAGUGGACCCUUCGUCCGCUAUAAACCCUCUCGAGACGGGUUUGGGUCUGUACAGCGGCCUCUCCAGCCGUUUGACCCACAUAUUACUGUUGAUGUCUCAAGCGGAGAAUCAUCUUCUGGUUUCACUAGUCAAGAAAGCACAAUGGAGCGCAACAAGUCAGAGCCCAUGUGGCAUGUACCUGCAUCCUCGAGGGGUGUAUCUGCGAACUCAGCUCAGAGAAGACAGACCCGACAGGACGGCGCAGGGAAGGACUCUCCCAACCGACACUCAAAGGGUGAAACACACUACUCCAGUCACUCCAGCAGUAACACACUCUCCAGCAACGCUUCCAGCAGUCACAGUGACGAGCGCUGGUUUGACGGGGUCGGAGGUGGGGUUUCUGGGGCCCUCAGUGACCCUUCAGACCCAGAUCCUGACCCCAUGGGUAAAGGAGGAUCCAGUGACAGUGGAAUCGAUGCUUCCCUCUACACGCCGAGUCCCAACACUAAAGGAGCCAAACCCAGCCGCAGUCUUGCAGGAACACCCCACAAACCCUUGCACGGCUCUGCUACAUACAGCGGCCUGCAGGAGCUGGCAGGAGCCGGAGCGUGGACGGUCGGAGAGGGUCGACGAAGAGAAUCAUCACCCAUCAUUGCCGCAUCAGCAAAUCAAAGCAAGAAUUACAGAACGCGUACAUUCCCCCCUCCCGGAUCAGCCAGUGCUGAUAACUUUAAACCCAGGGCCUGCUAUACUCCUCAAGGAUAUAAGACCCCUGCUGUGGUCGAUAAACCUCGGCCUUUCAGAUCAUCGACGGUCACGCCUACAUCAGGCUCCGCCCAGCUGUCAAGCGCAACACAGCUCUCAAGCUCUGCCCCCAAGUCAUACAGUAAAAGCAAGAAUGCCUGGCAACAGGAGGAGAACAGCACAGCAAGCUGCAGCACUACUGAUGGCAACAACAGCAAGCAGGUGGACUUGAAUAGUAAGAAUGUGUUUGGACAGCCUCGGUUACGAGCCUCUCUGAGGGACCUGCGCUCGCCCCGCAGAUCUCACAAGAGCACCAUUGAGGACGAUCUGAAGAAGCUCAUCAUCAUGGACAACCCCACUGAGAGUCCGUCACGGGAUGCGUCUCCUCAUCGGACACUGCAGCGCACUUUCUCAGAUGAGAGUCUGUGCAGUGGCCGCAGAGACUCCAGUUAUGCAAGCACAGCUCUGUUUGAAGGACAAGUGCCACCCUGUGACCUUCUCUUCACAUGCACACUGCCUACCCGACGCCAUGGGCACAACACCAACCACGGGGCGCUUAUGCCCAGUAAGAAAGUGCCAUUAUCUGCAUCAGAGUUAUCUUUGACUGAGGUGAGGGAUAAAGUUCCCCCUCUAAGAAGGCUGGAUCCUGGACUCAUGCCUCUUCCUGACACUGCCUGUGGUCUCGAGUGGUCCAGCCUCGUCAAUGCAGCCAAAGCUUAUGAAGUGCAGAGAGCUGUUUCUUUAUUCUCAUUGUCUGAAUCGAAUGCGGGCAGCAAUGAGUUGAGACCAGCAAUCAGUCCAGUGCACUUCCACACGCCACAGACGCCUCGCACAACUCCUACUUUCAGCAGUGAAGAGGUUCCCAACGAUCUGUCUGGCCGUCUGUAUCAUCUGGAGUUCAUGCUGAAACAGCUGAACAAUGAUCUGGAAAAAGAGAAACAGGACAAGGCUGUAUUGUUAGCGGAGAUGGCUAAUCUGAGGCACAACAACCAGCGCCUGCAGGAGGAAUCACAGUCAGCCAGUGAGCAGCUCCGCAAGUUCAGCAAACUCUUAUCCUCUACCAUCCCUGAGAGGAAAUGACUGCUCCCUUUCCUUUGUCAAUACACAUUCACGUACCUGUACUUUGCCUCAUGUGGCACGUUUGAUGCCAACUGCUAAUUUAAUUCAGUCUCUUAUCGCCCAGUCGCUUGCCCUCCGCCCCCCCACACACAUACACCCCAAACUGUGAGAUUAAUGAAACUGCGACGGAGGGAAACCCAGAGAGAGAGAGUUGACGUUGGUCUGCCUGACAACUUGAGACUUUAAAGCUUUAACUUAAAGCCGGUACAGAAGUACAGAUGUCUAUUUUUCAAACAAACUCACCUCGAGUCCUAGCUUGAACGAGCGAGCUUCUCAUCUCCAAACGAACUACUUUCUGAACUAUUUUCUCAUUGUAGAUUUAUUUUUGUACUCAACGAGUCGACACUAAGCUUGAGCCAGUAAAACUGAGAGGCCUAUUUACUGCACAGUCAGCUCAACAGCCAAAAAAAUACAAACUUGAGCCACGUGAGAGAUCCUACCCUUCCCAGCAUGUGCAACAUGUCGAGGGAAAUCACGGUACUGUAAUUGACAGAAGAGGUACAGCGCUUUGGGAACGACUCGCCGAUAAUACGUCACUGUAAUUAUAAUUACGAAUCGCUUACUCUCAUGUGCUGGUACAUUAAACGCUGUUGUGUCCAUAUUUAUAGUGGCGAAUGUUCAUCGUCAUCAUCAACCAAACUGAUUCAUCAUCCAAACAAACCUUCGACAAUGACUGAACGUCCUCUGCAAUAACGUUUAUUAAAGAGAUGGAGAAUCGCCACCGCUUUCGAACAGAAAGACGUGACCGGUGACAGCAACCGCUACUCAAACUGUGAUGUUACAUCGUUUCCUCUGCUCGUGGAUUGUGUCCUGUGACAGGAAAUGCCACUUGCUCUUUUAUGUAUAGUUUCGGCAUAGCACUGUGUGUAAACUUGGGCUGUUCUGUCAGUUUCCGACACUGUAUAUGUAUAUGCAAAGCCGACACUACGAAACCCUAGUCAGCUGUGGUCCACACAGACUCUAUUUUUCUAUUUGUAUUUAGUUCAGGUUUAUCAGGUGACAUGACUGUUGGCAAUAGAUGGCUGUUUUCAACUUCUAGACAGAUCAUCGUGUUUACAUAACAAGGGCGUUUUCACACCUGACUCGUUUGAAGCCUUUGUUUUGGAACCUGGCACAUUUUGUCCCAUAGUCUGCUUUGUUUAGGCAUAUGUGAACACAGCAGUCAAGCUGUUAAAAACAACUGAUCCAAGAUGGCCUGAAUGAUGUUGCUGAGAAACCCAACAGACCAACAAACUGGUCUCUAUCACAGUGAGUUUAUAUUGUUGAUGACUCGCAAAGUGAAUUGUGGGAUAACCUCCAUCAAGUUGGAAGCUUGGCCAGAGGAGCUGUUCUAAUUUUUGUGAACUACAACUUAUACCAUGUGGCUGCUUUACCACCUCACCACCAGAUUCAUUUAGGUCCAGGGUUCUCAAAAUUGCCGUAAUUACAACAUGGCAUGAACAUAGCAAUAAACACGACCAAUGAGAGGACGGUUUACUCACAGGGCGACUUCAAUUAGCAGUUCUAAGUCUGAUAGGCUUUUACAUAGAGACACUUUUUAAUAGUUCCUAUAACUAUUGACAGAAGCAUCUGCUUUUUUGCCAUAUCUGGACACAGCAGGAACCCCUUUUGAAGGGGAUUACAUUAACUUCAAAGGAGUGUCUAACCUAGCACAAUAGGAACUACCCCACAUAACAGUGUAUAUUAAUUAGCGGAAAGUGUUUCAUACAAAAUAAUAAACAUUUUUUUGCAAACUAUUUACACAUUCCACGAAAACAGAAGUAAAUAAACUGACAGAAAUCUCAAAGCACUUUUCCAUCUGCCUUGAAAUGUUGGAAGUUAGACGUAGCAUACAAGUAUAUUAGCAUGGAGCACUGAGCAAUGUCCUUUACCAUUCUUCUGAAGCACAGAAGACAACAAUUGAAUUAGUUACAAUUCAUGGCGAGGUUUAGAACAAUAUGCUUUUUGAUUAUUUUUGUGCAGUUUGUUUUGUAUUGCUUUUCUAUAUUCUCUUCAACUACUGCACAUUGCAAGUGUGCCUAUUACCACACUACUUGCGAUAAAAAUUAUGUUGCAAAGACAGUGAACAUUGUGAAACAUAGAUGUCAAAAUUAUACUUGAGCUUUUUCCACACUUUCAACGUGGUUGCUCAAGAGUAGGGCCAGAAAGAAUCAGCUGACAUUGUUUGCUAUUUUUACGAAGAAAUUUGUGGAUUUAUGCUAAAUGAUUUUAGAAGUAUCAUAGCUAAAAACUUUUUAACUUUAGCUUUUUAAAUUUUAUUUAAUGUUUACAAUGUAAAUCCAAUUAGAUCCACUUAUUUGGUAAACAAAGCAAGUCUCUCAUAUAAUAUAUCUACUAAAAGAUGGAAAAUACUACUUUACUAUCGGUAUUAUAGCUGAAAAUGUAUAAAUUUACACACAUUUACACGAGUAAAUAAAUAGACUCAAUGAUGGGCUAAAAUUUGUGGAUUACUGCAUGCAGAUUUCGUGUAGAUUUACUUUAGAGCAAAUACUGGUGGUGCGUACGCAGCCAGGAUAAUGUUCAUCAGAAUAGUCCCUAUACACACAUUUCGUUAAUUAACCAUUGCGAAAUCCUCAACUGUAACGUAUUCAAUCAAACGACAGACAGGUGUGAAAAUGCCCUAAGACGAGCCACACUGUAAUUGAUGACCCACUCUGGAAAAUCUUCAAGAGUAACUGGAAUAGCAGUCAGGCUGGAUCGCCUAUGGUUUAUCAUGUACCCUGUGUUACUCUGUACAUGUCUGCCUUAAAAGUGGUCAAAGGACCAGUGAUGUGACUCAUAUCAGCUCUCUCCAUCCCUUUAACCUGACGUGACUGGAACAAAAAAGAUCUUUCCUCCUCUCUCAGGACCCGUAAGCUGCCCUCUCGAUGACCUGACUUCUUCAUCUCUGACCUGUUUAUUCACGUUAAAGCGAAAGCACUGCAACAGUCAGUUGACUCCAUUGUAUUAGCCGUCAUAGCUGUAAGUGAAAAAUGACUCUAUACACGCCUGUGACAGUAACUAGCAUUGUAAAACGCUACUGUUUUCUUGUUUAUUUAUCAGGUGGGAGAUAUUAAUAAGACAAACAUUCAUUGCAGCUGUUUAGUAAUGUAGUUGUACAUAUGGUGAUUUUAUACAAGUUUGAACUGCUAAUACCCAGCAAGCCUUUUUUGUUUCUAGACGAUGUCUAAUAGACAUCUAAAUAUAGUCGUCUUGGCUAAAAUAAGGCGAAAUUUGGGCUGUCAGUGAUAUUUAAGAUAUCUAAGAAUAGGCCAAAACUAGACUAUUCAUCAAAAAAACAGAAAUGAAUGACUACACAUAUAAAGUCUAAUUGACGACUAGUCUAGUUCAUACCCGUUAACCCUCUCGUUUUUCCUGUAUUUCUCCCGUAUUUUUAAUCUUUCUAUGAAGGGUGGCAAUAAAUAGCCGAUCCUCCCUAUAGGCAACCCAUACCGCCAAACCACCAGGCUCUUAAACAUGAAUCUGUUCCAUGCCUUCAUUUUAUUUAGGCAUGAAAACCCUUUGGCUGUUUCUCAAUUCCAAAAACGCAGAGAACGAACUUGCGUUCUUCGGUAGAGUGGUCUUGCCAAGUUACCUCGAAAGAACGAAUUCUGGAGACAUGAGAUGCUGCGUUCUUCCUGAUGGUCACAUGACUUUCACACGUUUUUAACAGACCAUGCUUCAAACAUUACAGCAUUCAUACACUGAUUUACUGUUUUUCCCCUUUUCACUAUAUAUACUUUGCAUAAAAACCUCACAAAUAUACGUUGCACAAUACAAGUAAAACUAAUUCUAAUAGAAUUUUCAGCAAAUAAACACCCCUAAUGUGUUUAUGUCUUUAUUAAGAUUUUCAUGGUAAUGUUUACUUUCACCGUCUCAUUUAGGGAAACUCUUGAGAUAAACAAGUUCUAUCUCUGAAUAGUAAUAAUAAAUCUAUAUAAAAACAAUGCGCUUCCCACCUCCUUUAUUCAGCCGCAAUGACUUCCGGGACUUCUAGGGCGAGUUUUGCAUCGAUGCGUCCUCGAUAUAAAAAACACAUCCUUAAACUUUCAAGCCUACUCCGUUAUUACGGUCUUGAGUUUUGGAACUGAACUUUGGCGGUUGUUGAUGGCGUUACACGAGAACACAAGGACGCAAUAACACUGAAGAACGCAUAUUGAGAAACAGCCUUUGAAUAUAUCAAUAUAAAAACGGCGGGAUUCCCUUCCUUUUCAUUACAGAUGCCAUCGCUCCCCGUAUGAAAUCCUCAAAGCGGGCAGUUCAUGUAGUGGUGCGUGACUGUCAGACGUGCUCCAUAGUAAUAAAUAGAUGCUGUUUCCUAAACAGAUUCUGUACACGCGGUUUGAAGCGCAGCGAAAGUGGAUACUUGGUUUUGGGUGCAUGUUUGAACAGACAUAUACACACAAUAAGAACAAUCACAUCUAAACAUGUCGAUCUUGGUGGUUUUUUUUUUUAAACACAACACAUUUUGUCUUAAAUGAGCAUAAGAAGAUCAGAUGGCAAUCGAAUGCUUUCAAUAUAGAUGUGUGCAUUUUUAAAGCGACUCCUCUGGUAUUUAAUGUUAUCAAACGAAAAAUCUAAAUAAGAGAUUUAUUCUUGCUCUUUAAUCAGAAUGUUUAAGUUAUACAGUGAAAGAAGGGUUGAUGAGAUUUGAUUACUUGAUUUAAUUUCUUAUAAUAGCUAUUACAUUUAUCAGGCUAAACUGUUUAAUUUAUUUGCAGCUUUUUCUAAUGUGUACUAUUUAUUCUAUUCUUUGUAAAUAAUAAUAAUUAAAACAUUACUGACCAUUUCAACUGUUUAUUUUUAUUAAAUCAGCUCCAGAUGAACAUAUUUAGCCCAAUAUUUAACUGACAGUUCAAGUUUAGCCUUGUUUUAGCCAAGCGGUCUACGUUUAGAUAUCUAUUAGAUGUAUAUUAAACAACAUUGCUUGCUGGCUAGUUACGCUUACAUAUUCUCCCCAUGAGGAAAAUAAAAAGGGGGGGAAGAAGUGAUAGUUCACCCAAAAUGUUCCACUUUUUCAUGGAUGGAUAUUUUGAAGGGAAAAAAAAGUGUAAAAAAUGUUGAGCCCCCAUUGACUUCAAUUGUAUCCCUUGUCUGUAAAUGAGGAGGCGAAACAUGAAGGUGAGUAAUGACAGAACGUUUUGGGUGAACUAUGUCUGGACAUUAUUCAUCACAACCUGAACUUAAACAAGCAUAUUAUCAUAUAUUAUGAUGAGCUCAUUCACCCCAUCUUUUAGAUGAUUUUUUGAACGUGUUUUAUCAGAUUCUCAUCUCAUUGCUGUGAGUGACUUCAGGAACUUCACCCACUCUGUGCUCUUUUCUGUCAAUGAAGUGGGAGGUUUUUCAGACUCUUGGUGUUUCGCUCAGUUCUGGGUUACUGGGUGUCAUAUCUACACCAUAGAUAGUUGUUCUCUGAUUUCUGUUUGUGUGUAUGAUAGGUGGGUGGAGGUGUUUUUUUAAUUGAGUUUGCUCUUUUUUAAAGCUAAAUAUGAGUAAUAUACUUGUGAAAACAUUUAUGUGCAUCUGUGUUGCGCAUCCUUAAAUCAUGGCAAAUUAUAUAGUCAAGCUGUAAUAUUUGAAGGUUUAUUUUUAAUGUGUAAUAUUUUGACUAUUUAUUUUGAUUUGUUUAUUAUUGUUAAGUACACAGACAAAUUCAAGGUGAACAUGACAAAACUGCAGAUUUGGUAAAAAAUGAUUAAUGGAGGGUACUGACUUUAUAUGUGUGUUUUCUUUUUUAAUUGGUUUCUUUUUAUUCGGUUUGAUUCCUGAUCAUUUGUACAAAGCUGAUUUUAUCCUUUUUUUUUACUUUAUCUUUUUUAUUUAGUCUCUGUUUCCAUUAGCUUCAUGCAUGAAACAGUGGCUCCGAUGCCUUGAUUAACUAAUAACUGAUUAGUCUUUCAGUUUCUUUUGGGGAUAUUGUAUCAACGAGUGUACAUUUAAUAAGUGUAAAUUAUGUUUUCAUUAUUUUAUAAAAAAAUAUAUAUAUUAAAAUAUUUCAUAAUGAUA